AUGUGUAGCGGCAUUCCUACGCGUGAGAAGCACAGCGACGGCCUCCACUCAUCUACGUCAUCGGUGACGGUCCACACGACGCAAAUCGGAGAUCGCACCGUCCAUCUCCUGGAUACGCCCGGCUUUAACGACUCGUCAAGGACAGAUGAAGCUGUUCUUCAUGAGCUGGUGUUUUGGCUACUAUCCGCCCAUGAGCUGGGUAUCCGGUUGAAUGGUGUGGUCUACCUUCAUUCCAUCGAGGGCAGCAGGGUGUGCGGAAGCCAUCGCCGCGGCCUGGACAUGUUCAAGGCUCUGAUCGGCGAAGAGGCGUAUCCCGGCGUCGUCAUGGCCAGCUCCAUGUGGAACCGAGCGAAGCCCUCCGAAGCCGAAGCAAGACAGGGACAACUCACCGGCAUGACUGGGUGCUGGGGCGACCUGAUUGCCGGCGGGGCCCGGGUGAUGAAGCUGGGCAGCAACGCGCAGCAAGCUCGGAACAUUGUCCAGCACUUCAUCGACCAGGACCUCGUGAUGAAACUUAGCAUCCAACAUCAGCUGCUCGACUUGCAGCUUGAGCUGCGGCAGACUGAUGCAGGUAAAGUCCUGAAUGCGCAGCUUUCCGAGGAGCUCCAAAGGCUGCAGCGCAGGAUGGAAGAAGUCGAGAGACAGCUUGACGCUUCACCCAAGAAGCACGAUGGUGAGUGUGUCUUGGAGAUGGAUGACGAGUUGGCAGACCUGGAAAAAGCAUCUCUGGAUACGCAACGGGCCAUUGAGAAGUUGAACGCGCCCGGGAAUUCUUGGGUUUCAGAGUGGUGCUCGAAUGUGCGCGCCGAGCUGGAGGAUAUGAGUCUCAUCAACGGUCAAACUGUCCAAAGAGAUGCACUUGGAGAAGUCGAAAGGGUCGAAGAUCAGCACAAACUGAUGGAUAAACAAGAUGGAGGAAUCUGUUUGGCACACAACGACAGCCAGCCCCGGGGGAAGUCUGGCCUUGGUGCGGCAAUCGUGCAUGCCUCGGGAAAGCAACGGUCUACACCAAUCGACAAGGAGGAUAGAAUGUCUAUGACAGCCGGGGUGCCAACGGUUGUAGCAGAAGCGGCGGGUGCUGUUGCUGCUGUUGGAGCUGUUUCGACUUUGAUUCCGGCAGGGGCAGCCUGCAACGUCAUGUAG